UGCCGCUCACUACAGCACCGAGCAGGCUGCCUGUCUGCUGGACCAGCCACGCCAUCCAUUUAUCCUGACGGGCUUCAUGGAUGUCUGGGCUCGCACUGCGGGGUUCAGGUAGUGUCGAAGCGGGCAGUUCACGCACCGAGGCACCGAGGGUGGACAAGGGCUCGUCCGGGCUGUUUGAGCGUUUGCAGGAGCGUCUGUCUGCUUCAGGAGGCUGCGCAGACAAUAAAGGAGAGGCAGCAGUAGCAGCAGAGUGCACACAGGGACGCCCUGAAUAAGAAGCCAAAUUCUGCACUGCAGUGGAUUUCCUCAGGUGUGUGUGUGUACGUGUGUGAGUGUGUAUAAGUGUGUGUGGGUGUCUGACUUUAGUAGACUCAGUGUAGCCUCUGUACACUUUUUCUCAUUAACAUCGGAAGAACCUGCAGAAGCUUUGGGGCAUUGUCUGGAGGUCGCCCCGUCCUAGAAAACUGUGCCAUCCUCCAGUUUUCAGACCAUCCAGCCUACUCCUCUCCGCUCCCUCCUCUUUUUCUUUUCCCAUCACAGGCACAGUGUGGUGGCUGGUCAGUCUGUCUGUCCAUUCAGAUCAUACAGACCUGCAGGCCUUCAGACUGGAGAGCUGUGACUGACGGGUGGAUUCAUACUGUGGAUUUUUAAAGUACUGCAUGGAUAGUUAAACCAAUCUGCAGUAUUAAAGCAAAGACCCGCUGACUGUUCAAUUCAGUGUCACUGCACUCGGAGGACAAAUAUUUUUGGAUUAAGAAGGUUGGACCUGCUCUUCAUGGGGUUGUAGGACUAAAUAAAGUGUCGAAUUCCACCUCAGGGAUCAGAUUUUUAUCAUUUCCACUGUGUCAUCCAAGUCAGCACGACACAGCAAAUCUCAGGCUCCCUCACAGGUUUCCCAGGUUUAGGUUGACUUCCAGUUUCUCUUCAGGGAUUUUUAACUAACAGAGUUUGCGUUUGGUAUUUUUCAAGCCGUUGAUUUCAGUUUUAGCACAGCAAAUCUCAGGCAACAUCUAUAUUUUUGGCUUUUAGAACAGCCCUAUAAACUGUUGUUGCCAUGGCAUCUGACAGUUUCCAGUACCGGGCACUCUUUGAGUACAAGCGAGAGCGUGGUGAUGACAUCAGCCUCCAGCCAGGUGACCUGCUCACCGUCCCCAAGGCCUCGCUGAUGUCGGUGGCAGGGCUGGACUACCAGGACGGGGACGAGCGGAGCCCCAAAGGCUGGCUGCACGGCACCAACGAGAGGACCAAGGACAAGGGAGACUUUCCAGGGACUUUUGUGGAGUACGUCGGGGUGGUGAGGGUCAGCCCUCCUGCGGCUAAAUCCUGGCCCAGGCCUGUACCACCAACCCCUGGGGGGGUGCAGACCGCUGUGGGGGCUCAGCCUCCUGGAGCAGCUGCUGCUUCAGGUGUGGAAGCAGAGCUUCUGUCUGAAGCAGCUCCUGUGGUUAUUUGGAGACUCAUUGAGGCCAUUGAGAAACACGGUUUAAACAAUGAGUCUCUGUAUCGAGCUCCUCCAGCCUCCAGUGGACCUGCAGAGCUGCGGCAGGCACUAGACUCAGAGAGUCAGAGUGUGGAGGAGUGUGGGGAGAGGCUGAAGAGGAUCCUGGAGUCUCCCAGCAUCCCUCAGGCCAACCACCAGCUCCUGGUCCACCUCAGCAGACACUUGGCCCGGGUCAGCCAGCACAGCCAGGCCAGCCCCCGGGUGCUGGGACAGGCCUUUGCCGAGGCCAUCUUCAAGCACUCUCCUCUCAGCGCGGAUGUGAACCCAGAGCAUCACGUCAGAAUCUUGGAGGCUCUGAUCGCAACAGGAGGUCUCAUGGAGAUGCAGGCUGCACCAGCUCUUCCUCCCAAGCCAGCGAAGCCGCAGCAGCCCUCAUCAGUCGGGGUGGGGGGAGGCAGCAGCAAUGGCACCAAGGAUGGAGGAGCAGGAGGCUCACUGCAAGAGGCUGAGUGGUACUGGGGUGACAUAUCCAGGGAGGAGGUGAAUGAUAAGCUCAGAGACAUGCCUGAUGGGACCUUCCUGGUACGGGAUGCUUCCACCAAGAUGCAGGGCGACUACACACUCACACUGAGGAAAGGGGGAAACAACAAGCUGAUAAAGAUCUACCAUCGGGACGGGAAGUACGGCUUCUCUGACCCCCUGACCUUCAGCUCGGUGGUGGAGCUCAUCAGCCACUACAGACACGAGUCUCUGGCUCAGUACAAUACCAAGCUGGACGUGAAACUCAUGUACCCCAUCUCCCGCUUCCAGCAGGACCAGCUGGUAAAGGAGGAUAAUAUUGACGCCGUGGGGAAGAAGUUGCAGGAAUACCACAAUCAGUACCAGGAGAAGAGCAAAGAGUACGACAGACUGUACGAGGAAUACACCAAGACAUCGCAGGAGAUCCAGAUGAAGCGGACGGCCAUUGAAGCCUUCAAUGAGACCAUCAAGAUCUUCGAGGAGCAGUGCCACACGCAGGAGCGCUACAGCAAGGACUACAUCGAGCGCUUCCGGCGCGAGGGCAAUGACAAGGAGAUUGAGAGGAUCAUGAUGAACUACGAGAAGCUCAAGUCUCGGCUCGGAGAGAUUCACGACAGCAAGGUGCGGCUGGAGCAGGACCUGAAGACACAAGCCAUGGACAACCGAGAGACAGACAAAAAGAUGAACAGCCUGAAGCCCGACCUCAUACAGCUCCGCAAGAUCAGGGACCAGUAUCUAGUCUGGCUCAAUCACAAAGGAGUUCGUCAGAAACGAAUUAACGACUGGCUGGGAAUCAAGAACGAGAACACUGACGAAGGCUACUUUGUGAGCGAGGAGGAUGAGAACUUGCCUCAUUACGACGAGAAGAGCUGGUUCGUCGGGGACCUGAACAGGACGCAGGCGGAGGAGCUGCUCAUUGGGAAGCCAGAUGGAGCAUUCCUCAUCCGAGAGAGUAGCAAAAAGGGCUGCUACGCUUGCUCUGUAAAUGUUGAAGGUGAAGUGAAGCACUGCGUCAUCUACAGCACACCCCGCGGCUUCGGCUUCGCUGAGCCCUACAACCUGUACAGCAGCCUGAAGGACCUGGUGCUCCACUACCACCAGACCUCCCUGGUGCAGCACAACGACUCGCUCAACGUGCGCCUCGCAUACCCCGUCUACGCACAGAUGCCCUCCGGACGCAGAUGAACCCCACCCACCAGGCCACACCCCCACAUAGACAUCAAACCAACCCCCUCUUGGGGAAGGGAGAACGGGGAAAGUGAAGGAAGGAAGGAGGGAGGGGGGAUUGGUUGAAAUACAAAGCAACCCCAACACCAGACCCGAUAAAGAUAGAAACGAAUUAACACUUGCUGCAACACACACGUCAGCCACCUUGGAGUUAUAUAUUUUUACAAGAACAAUUUCGGAGGGCAUUCUUUCUAAAGACUGCUUGAUUUGCACAAGGAAGUUUUAAAUGUUUGUGAAUGUGAAAAAAAAAAAUAAGCGACUGAAGGAAAGAAGGAAAGAAGGAAACGAAGUAGGAGACUUCAGAGUUUCAGGUUGACCCCGCUGCUACCUAAACUCCAGCUCAGACUUUUUACCAGAAACUCAAAAACCACGCAAAUGACGACGAAGACAACAACAAAACAUUC